AUGCUGUCCAAUCAUAUGUUCAUCAUUCUCACAGCCGUGACGGCUGCUCUGGUCCUUGGCCUCAAGUUUCUCCAGUAUAUGGUCCGAACUUGGAAUAAUCCUACCAAUACGAUACCAGGGCCGUGGUACUCAAGAUGGUCUGGCGCAAUCCUCGUGUACCACUGGCUUCGGGGGACGCGAUCUGAUUACGUGAACAAUUUGCACCAGAACUAUGGCUCCGUUGUUCGCAUUGCUCCCGAUUAUGUCGUCUUUUCCGACCUGCCAUCGGUCAAACGCAUUCACACGGUGAAGCAUGAUUUUAUCAAGGACAAGUGGUAUAGUGAACUCACCCCAGGCAGUGUGAGCGUCUUUACUUCCAUAGACCCCAUCCACCAUCGAGAGCGGCGCAGGCUUUUAUCUGCUCCAAUUGACGACUCUUCCCUCAAGACCAUGCUCCCAAAAGUAGACGAUAGAGUGCGGCAGACCAUUGGCCGGAUGGCGGAAGAAAUGGACCGACGCGGCGUAACCGAUAUCUUCAAGUGGUGGUUUUUCAUGACCACUGAUGUCAUCGGAGAGCUCAGCUUUGGUGAAUCAUUCCGAAUUCUAGAUCAAGGAAAGAAAAACCAGUACAUUUCCGAUCUAGAGGUAGUUGGAAAGACAGGCAGCAUUAUCACUACGUUUCCACUGCUUGCUCAGCUUUCCCGGGCUGGCGUACCUAUCCCUCUGAUUCAGACAGCGACUUCGAGCCGACAUCGGUUGUUGCAAUAUGCAGAGCAGUCCAUCCAACGAUACAAGAAGCAGCUGCUGGCUGACCCACACAACUACCCGCGGACGCUAUUCACUAGAUUCUUUGACAGGGCGGAUUCCGAGGGUCUCCCAGACCUGGAAAUCCGCAACGAGGCCAUGGCGUACAUUGUAGCCGGCAGUGAUACCACUUCGAAUACCUUGACGUAUCUGGUCUGGAGCGUCUGCCGCGACAAAUCAAUACAGCGCACCCUCGUUCAGGAACUUCAGGGGCUACCGGAAGACUUCACCGAUCUUGAUCUGCGAGACCUGAAGUAUCUAAAUCAUGUCAUCAACGAAACCUUGCGACUCUAUCCAGCAGCACCAUCGCUGCUACCUCGUGUGGUACCUCCCGAGGGCGAGACGCUGGCUGGCUACUGGAUCCCAGGAGGAACCAAGGUGGCGACACAAGCCUGGACGUUACAUCGGUUGCCAGAAGUCUUCCCUGAUCCAAUGAGUUUCAACCCGCUACGAUGGGAACAUCCAUCUCAAGCCAUGAAGGACGCGUUCAUGCCAUUUGGAGGUGGGUCAAGAGUCUGUCUCGGUGUUCAUUUGGCUAAAAUAGAACUCCGCCUGGGUGCAGCCCGCUUUUUUCGAACAUUUCCUGACGCAAAGGUAUCUGUGCGAGAGGGUAUGAGCGACAAGGAUAUGGAUACCUUGCAGUAUUUUCUACUCAAACCAGUGGGGGCUCGUUGUUUGUUGGAACUCUACUAA